AUGGAUAUCCCAAUCUCGCUUCAAUCUUCAAUCAACAAUGCUCCAAACCAAAUCGGGGGUGAUUUUUAUCAAUUUGCUCCAGAGCAACAAGAUCACAACUUACUUCCCCUUCCACCUAACAUCGACAUGGGCUCUGGAUUUUCGAUAAAUCAUCCUAACUUGUUUGAUUUAUCUAACUCUUUUGCAGAUCUGAUGGAAACUCAAAGGCGUGAGAUGGAGCAAUAUCUUAAGUUACAGAAUGAUUGGAUAAGAGUGGGUCUCUUACAACAGAACAGGCAACAUAUGACAUCUUUAGCGAGGGUUUUUGAAUAUAAGAUGGCGAUCUUGUUGAAACAAAAAGAGCUGGAGCUAAAUAUGUUAAAAAAUCAGAUCGCUGCACUAAAAGAGUGUUUCAUAAGGGAAAUGGAGGAGAAGGAGGUCUGGAAAAGAGCUGCAAUGGAAAAAGAAGAGACGGUAAUUUCUCUACGCGAACAAAUGCAAAAGCAGCAAAACAUAAACAUUUCUUCGGGUCAUGGAAUAAAUGAAGAAGCUGUUGGUCCUUCUCUCUGUGCUUUACAAGGUGAAAAAAAAGGAAAAACAAAGGAAGGAUGGAAUUGGGGUUUUCCCCCUUGCAAGUCUUGUGGUUCUUGUUGUUCGUGUAUGCUUUUCAUGCCAUGCCGACAUAUUUGUUCAUGCAAGAACUGUGCAGACUUUCUCAAUGCAUGCCCAAUUUGUGGCGAUGAGAAGAUUGAUAGCAUCGAAGUCUGCUUAGAAUAA